AUGACACAAGCAACUGUUGAAGAACCUCCUUGUAAUGAUGAAGGGGUGAUAUGCAACAUGAACCCAAAUGAAGACCCUGCUUACCAUCUAUCUGAUAUUGUUAUAAUUGUGGGGGCUUGGGAGUCUACAAAGCAAAUGAUGGUGAGUAAUGUCUGUGAAACUCAAAUGGAAAAAGUUGUUGUUGCUCCAAUGAUGAAACAGGCAAGAACGUGGAAGAGGAAGGCAGACAAAUCAGGAAGAUUACAAAGAAAAAAGAGGAAGGAAGAGGAGUAUCCUUUGGAUAAAGUGGAGUGGUUUAAUUUUGUAUAUCUGAGCACUAUAAAACAAGAAAGAGAAUUCCAGUGGCUCUUUUUGCAGGAGGACAAAGAGCAAUGGGGAGAGGAAUGA